UAGAUCUACAGCAGAAAGCAAAAGAGUGACCCCUGCCAGAUGGCAGCUCCCCCAGAUGCUGUCUCCCACAGGCUGUUGCUUCAUCAGCCCUUCACCUGCCCCACUUCUGCUCAGAUUGGCCAAGCAGCUCCUAGCUCUUUCUUAGUGUCUGAGUAGUAAUGUUGAGAUGAAGGUGGAAGAGAAGUCGGCACAGCGGGUGCUAGCUCUUGGACUCUGCAGAGGCAGGCUGCUUUCACAAGAGCUCUAGGUCAUUGUGCAGCUGGCUGGUCUUCUCUGAACCUUGGAUUCCUGGACAUCCAUGAAACACAGACACUGAUGCUGCCUCUUUACUCAAGGGCUGCAGUGAGGAACCGAUGAGAUCUUGGGCUGAGGGUGCUCUUUGAACUCUAAGAUAGCACUGCAGACUCCAGUACUAGCCUGUCCAGAGCAGAAAGUGAGAGGAAACAAGCCAGCAUUGUAAAGAGGACAUGCUUCUCCUCCCUCUCUCCGUGCUGCUCCUGCUCACACAGCCCUGGAGAUCCCUGGGAGCAGAAAUGAAGAUCUAUUCCCAGAAAACACUGGCCAACGCCUGUACCCUGGUUAUGUGUAGCCCCCCGGAGGGUGGUUUGCCUGGUCGUGAUGGACGAGAUGGGAGAGAAGGCCCCCGGGGGGAGAAGGGAGAUCCAGGUUCACCAGGACCUGCAGGACGAGCAGGAAUACCUGGACCAGCUGGCCCUAUUGGGCUGAAAGGAGACAAUGGCUCUGCUGGAGAACCUGGACCAAAGGGAGACACUGGACCACCUGGGCCUCCAGGUAUGCCUGGACCAGCUGGAAUAGAGGGCCCCUCAGGGAAGCAGGGGCGCAUGGGACCUCCAGGCACACCAGGCCCCAAAGGAGAGACUGGGCCCAAAGGAGGAGUGGGUGCCCCAGGCAUGCAGGGCUCCCCAGGCCCUGUAGGUCUCAAAGGAGAGAGAGGUGCCCCUGGUGAGCCUGGAGCCCCUGGAGGUGCUGGGACACCAGGGCCUGCUGGAGCCAUAGGUCCACUGGGGCCUUCAGGUGCCAGGGGCCCCCCAGGACUGAAGGGAGACAGAGGUACUCCUGGAGAAAGAGGAGCAAAGGGGGAGAGUGGGCUUGCAGAGGUCAAUGCUCUCAGGCAGCGGGUGGUAAUCUUAGAGGGACAACUACAACGCCUCCAGAAUGCCUUCUCUCAGUAUAAGAAAGUGGUGCUCUUCCCCGAUGGCCGGAGUGUCGGGGAGAAGAUCUUUAAGACGGCAGGCUCUGAAAAAACGUUUCAGGAUGCCCAGCAGAUCUGCACACAGGCUGGAGGACAGUUGCCCUCCCCACGUUCCGCAGCUGAGAACGAGGCCUUGACUCAGCUGGCCACAGCCCAGAACAAGGCUGCUUUCCUGAGCAUGAGCGACACCAGGAAGGAGGGUACUUUCAUCUACCCCACGGGGGAGCCCCUGGUCUAUUCCAACUGGGCCCCCCAGGAGCCCAACAAUGAUGGCGGCUCAGAGAACUGUGUGGAGAUCUUUCCCAAUGGCAAGUGGAAUGACAAGGUCUGCGGAGAGCAGCGCCUUGUGAUCUGCGAGUUCUGAGCUCCUCCUACACACACACACAUACAUAGUGUGUGUGUUGGGGCGGGGUAGUGGGGGUGGGGAGGGAUGGGCAGUGCCCAGAGCUGCUUUUUUCCAGUGUUUCAAUAAAAUGGUGACCCUCUGCUGGCCAGGGCUUCUCCACAGAGCCACAGGAUAAGGCCAGAGGCAGGGCUCCUAUGGAAUACAUCCCUCAGAAUAAAGUUUGAAACCGGCUUCA